AUGCCACCCACCGACAGCACCCACCCCCCAUUCCAAAUCUACCGGCACUCCAGGUUGACUCCCACCGCCCCCACCCCCCUUCCCCCCACAGCACAAGCCAGACUAACCAUCCCUUACAGCAUCGGCAGAGCACUCCUAGAGACUCUAAACCGCGCAUGGUUCCGCACCACAAUGACACCAGCGAUGGCGAUGAAGGUGAUGACGAACUUUGACUUGGUGAUAACACGAGUACUAGCUGAGAUGGCGCGCGCGAGCUUGGAGCUGACUGCGCAUCUAAGUGCAUACACGUAUUUGGACAAUGUGUGGUGUUUUCAGUUGGAGCGUGUGAGGCUCACGCUGGAUCCGAGGGAGGGGCCGGUGAAGCCGGUGCGCGCGGGGAGGUUGUUGGUUAUUGCGCAGAAUGCGGAUCCGCAGGGGAGGAUUAAUAGCUAUGUUGUGGUUUUUGCAAAGACCCCCAAUGGCUCUGGAGAAGUAGUGGCCCUGAAUAUCUUCUUCCCAUCACGCCCUAGAACUUCCUCACUCCGACUCUCCCCCCACGUGACCCUCGACCGGGUAAUGCACUUAACACGCCAACGUCUGCCGCGUCCCUCGCGUCAAACCAAAUCCACGCAACCUCACAAGAGAAAGAAAAGAAAAAAAAAUGUCUUCAAACAAAGAUAUUGUUUGGCCUCCCCAAACAACCGAAGAUGUGCUGAUGCUAACCCCGCGCAAACACCGUCCCGAAGCCCCCUUCUCCCCUCGCCCCUCCGCAAAAACUCCCUCCCCUCGCCCUUCGACGGCGCAAACUCCGACGCCUCAGACGACGAUGAGGACGAAGACGAGGAGAUGCUGAAGCUGAAGCUCGCAGCGCUCGAGGCGAAGCUGAAGCUGAAGCAGCUGCAGAAGCGGCGGAAGGCCGCAGAGGGUGGGGCAACCGACAGUGCACGAAAACCCAGUACUUCCUCAACUAGAAACCGCUCAGGGUCACUCGUGCAGGUGCCGCAAUCGCCCGUCAAGAACGUAGCUGCGAGGAACACAGACCCGCCGAUGCCCAAGUCGCCGAGCCGGGUGCUGCUGGGCAUCGACAAGGGCCUGCGGGGCGCAGACGUAUCGCUGCGGCGGCCGCCGCCAUACAGGGCCGUCAACACGCGGGCCACGUCGCCGUCCGAGCAGCCGCGCAAGACGUACAGCGAGCGCAUUGCGGAGGAGCGGGCGAAGGAGAAGGCCAAAGCGGAGCGGCAGAAGGUUGUCGAGAAGUCGCGGUCAAUGGGGUUCAACUUUGAUCCUAUCGCUACCACGUUUACCGCGGGGGGUAGAGGAGGAGGAGGGACGGACCCGUUUGUGGAGGCGUCGCGGGCGCCGACGGUGGCGCUGGAGAGUACGGAGCCGACGGAGACGGGCGGGUUCGAUAGUUUUUCGGGGCUGCAUUUGUCGUCGAGGUUGAUACCGCAUUUGACGUUGACGAGGCAUCUGUCGCCGACGACUAUCUACCUGCUCCCUAAUCUGCUCAAGGAGGUGAAAGGCCCCGACUUUGAGCCCCCCGAUAUCGAGGGCGACUGGGUCGUGCUAGCAACCAUCUGCUCCAAAUCCGAACCGCGCGAGGUCGGGCAAAACACCAACUCCAAGAAGGGCACCGGCAAAUACAUGGUGCUCACGCUGACCGAUCUCAAGUGGGAGAUUGAGUGCUUCCUGUUCGGCAGCGGCUUCGACAAGUUCUGGAAGCUGCCCGUCGGCGCCGUCGUCGCCAUCAUGAACCCGGGCAUCAUGAAGCCGCGCAUCGCCGACACGGGGCGCUUCUCACUCACGCUCAACGACUCGAGCGACACGCUGCUCGAGAUUGGGCGCGCGCGCGACCUCGGCUUCUGCAAGGCCAUGAAGCGCGAUGGCAAAACGUGUGGGAGCUGGGUGGAUAAGCGGCACACGCACUACUGCGCGUUCCACAUCGAGGCGGGCGUCAAGAAGGCGCGUGUGGGCCGCGCCGAGGUAAACUCGAUGGGGAAGCUCUUUUCGCCGCCGAGGAAGGGGAGCGUCCGCCCGCGGCGAUUUAUCGGUGGGAGGGGCGGCGGCGGUGGGGGUGGUGGGAGGGAUAAUGGACUGCUGCAUGAGGGCGCGCUUACGGAUCUGCCGCAGCGGGCGGGGGGCGCGGGAGGGAAGGUGUUUGUGGCGCCGAGGAGAUCGGCGACGAGGUUGCUCGAUGACGAGUAUGAUGGCAUGCAUAGGGGGAGUCGGGAGGAGAGGCUGCAGAAGCGCCUUGCGGAGGCGGAGAAGGAGAGGCAGAUGACUAGGCGGAUCAUUGAGAGCCAGGGCCGCGAUGGCGGCGUGGGUGUGGACUAUCUUAAACUAAGCGUAGAUAGGUUUGAUCUCAAUUCAAGACCAUCAACAGCAAACUCUGUCAACAGCUCACAGAAUAACACAUCAGUGGACAGCCUAACAUCGCUGCUUCUCCGCUCCAAGGGCGUGACAGCGCAGUCGGUCUCCCUGAGCCCCAUCAAGCGCAAACGGCCCGAAAGCCAGAUGAGCAGAGACAUGAGCCCUGAGAAGGGCGCAACGAAGAGGACGAGGUUCGCGCUGCCAGGGCUGGAGAGCACCUUUCGCGACGACCCGUUUGUGAGAGAUGUCGACGAGGAUGAUGAUUUGAUUAUUAUUUAG